GCUUCAAAAGUUCCCCUAGGCGAGAAUUUUUAAAAACCACACCGAUGAAUAACUGUGUGACUCAUUUACGGCGGCCCAUAGCAUCGAUAAAGCCCCUGAGGAAUAUCAGUCAUGCUGUUCCGCGGUGCACUCUGACAUUGCGAGUUGCAUAAUUUCUCAAGUUUCGCAGCACCACCGCGAGAGUGCCGGACAGCUGGAGGCGGCGCUAAUUUUAAUCUUUUAUUUACUUUCAAGUAAAAUUAUGUCACAACCUGCUUUUGUCAUAAUUUCUGCAGGGCUUUUACGGAAUCUAAAAUGAUAGGACGCGGCUGACAGUCUACAAUGUGCAUCCUCUUCUUCCACGCCAAGAAAAUCGCCUCUCCGGGCAAAUUCCGGCUGAUUUUGGUGUCCAACCGGGACGAGAGUCUUAAGAGACCUACAAAGCACGCACACUUUUGGGCAGAAUGUCCUGACAUUUUUGGAGGACGUGACCUUCAAGUUUCUGCUGAGGGAGGAACCUGGCUGGCUGUAAAUUCAAAAUCUGGGCGUCUGGCUACACUGCUCAACCUGUCAACCAAAACCUUGAACCCGAAUGCAAUCAGCAGAGGAAACAUAGUGACCGAUUUUGUUAAAGACCCUUCAAUCAGCGGCAGAGAAUAUGAAGCCAAAGUUGCAGAAAAAGCGGACCAGCACAAUCCUUUCCACUUAGUUACAUUUGAAAUUUUACCAAAUGAUGUCCUGAUAAAUUACCUGGCACACUUGCCCUCGGGAGGAUCGAUGGGGCCCAUCGACCUUUUGCAGACGGACGAGGUGACCGAGUCCAUCAGUAACUCUCCUUUGCCCACACCUAUGAAUAAAUGUAAAGAAGGUCUGAAGCUCUUCAAAGAAGUCAUCGGCAAACUCGACAGCACCGAAUGCAAGAGAGAAUUAAUCGAGCAACUUAUUUCUUUCGCAAAGACAGACACAAAAUUUUGGCCUGAUCCGAUUUUAUCAAUGAGGGGUGAACUGGAGCCACUUUUAAAAAGCUACAGCUCAAUAUUUGUGAAUGUACCUGAGAAGGUGUACGGAACGAGGACGCACACUGUGAUAUUGAUAGACGAUGUUGGCAAGAUGGACUUUUACGAAAGCACCCUGACUGAAAAUAGCAAGGGAGACCUCGAGUGGCUUGACACUCACCAGACGUUUGAUUUCAAUUAUUGAUAAGGUAUUUUAUUUUAUUUAUUUUGUUAUCCAAUAAAUUUUAUGCUUAUAACUCUGUUAUUAAUGAAAAUAAGUUUUUAAUUAAUUUUAAUACAAAUACAUUUCGGGGGAAGGCGCGGAAAAUAAAACUACACAAUAUUUGUCU